AUGGGGAUAACCUCUUUGUUUCCCAUGCAGGAAGCUGUUUUCUCCUAUCUUCAAGAUGCUUCAGCCAAGCGCAUAGUUGGUGACGUGAUACUUUGUGCCCCAACGGGAAGUGGAAAGACGCUUGCGUAUGCAUUGCCAAUUGUUCAAGGGAUUAUUGGUCGCAAGCUUCCUCGCCUUCGAGCAAUCAUUGUUCUUCCAACAAGAGAUUUAGCGACCCAAGUUGCAGGCGUAUUCAAAGAAUUAACUGGCAACUUUGGUAUUUCGGUGGCUCUCGUUUCUGGUGCCACGUCAAUCGUUGUUGAGCGAGCAUCUUUGAAAACAGCAGAGAUCCUUAUUGCAACUCCAGGUCGCCUCGUCGACCACAUCGAGAAUGGUGAUGCUUUGAGUCUGCGAUCCGUUAGGUACUUAGUGUUGGAUGAAUCCGAUCGAUUGCUUCAAGAUGAGUAUCAAGGCUGGAUCGACUACGUUCUACCUUUGCUUGGAACUGAUCGGAACCUCAACAGCAAACAAGCAGAACAGUCGUGCAGAACCCGUUCCACUGCUGGGAUCAUUGCGCUUGCUAUCCAACCCGAAGUGUCUGCACGGGCCUUCAUGAGGUCUGGUCAAACCUCGCAAGAAAGCGUUCGAAAAGUUUUAGUCUCAGCAACGCAAACUAAGAAUCCAAAGCGAUUGGUGCGGCUAGGUCUGCGACAUCCCAAGUUUUUUGAACCAAUCUCAGAGCGUGAGGAUACGUCGCUGGGUAACAAUUACAAUAUCCCUUCAUCGCUAUCCGAAAAGGCGUGGAUAAUUCGGGAUGCUGAGGAUAAACCGAUUGUCUUGUUAAAAACCCUCGGGUGGAUUACACCGGCCUCAUCGGAUAUGCAUAACGAUCCCGCCGCACAGGCAGUUCUUGCACUAAGCGGCACCAAGCUUAUUUUCACGAAAUCUAUUCAAGCGGCGCACCGGUUAUGUAGACUCCUUGAGAUAUUUGCGCUUUUGCUAGGGGUUGAAGGCGACGUUAUCGAAAUGUCCGGAGAUCUGUCUCCUGCGAGGAGAAAACAAGUUAUGAAAACCGUGCAUGAACGCAAAGUCGUGCAUCCGAACUCCACUGUCUCACCACAUAGCUCCCGAUUCUUGGUGGUUGUCUGCAGUGAUGUCCUUGCCCGAGGGGUGGAUAUCUUCAACAUGGACGCAGUCAUAAACUAUGACGUACCGGUCCACAUCAGGACGUACGUGCACCGAGCAGGACGGACAGCUCGCGCGGGACGUGCUGGGACUGUUGUUACUCUGUUGUUGUCGAAACAGGCACACCAUUUUCGCGAGAUGGUGAGACAGGCGGACCGCGGGGAUAGGAAAAUUCAAGCAAAGAACUUGGGCUUGAGGGACGAAGAAAGAGCUUCUUUCAUUGAAAAACUGGACAACGCUCUUAGAUUGCUCCGCCGACUCAUCAGCAGGGAAACGCUUGGUUUGUUAUCAGCGGACAAACCUCUUCCGGAAUACGCUCGCCUCGAGGUUUGUAACCUGUUUGAAGAAAUGAAAGCAGAUGGGUGGGCUCAAAACGAAGACGCAACGUUGCCCGACGACAUCAGAAAAAGACGGAUCACGGAAAGUCUCGAGCCUGCGAAGAGGGGGAGACUGGAUUUGCCGCCUGGAGACUCGCCUACCGCGAUACCUACUGACGGGCUGGAUAACAUUGAAGCUACGGCAGAAAACGAAACGCUUGGUGGUGAAGAUGAAUUUCACGAUUUCCUCUUCUCACAGAUAGCAAGGAACCUACUUUCCGAGAAAACUCGGUCUUUCCGGGCCAUGUGA